AUGUCCGAGUUUCAAAAGGAGGAGCUCUCGCUCGAGGAGACCAACAAGCUUCGUAUCUCGCUUGGUCUCAAACCUCUUGUCGCCGACGAUGAGCCUGCUCCUAGCAAGGGCUCGAGCUCUGACAUCGAUGUUGCUCCCAAGCUAGACGGAGAUGCGCUGGCGUCCAAGAACUUCCAGGACAAGCAGGAGCGCGAACGCCGCGAGCGAGAGGACAUCGAGGUCAAGGAGCGGCUGGCCAAGGCGCAAGCGAAGCGGGAUGCUGCUCGUCGGCUGAAAGGACCAACGCUGGGUGAUGCGGAAGCAUCAGGAGAAGCAUCGACGUCGGCAUCUGGCUCGGGCUCGAAAGACACGCUCAAGUGGCUCGAGGAGUCCAAGAAGCGAGCCAAGGAACAUGCCGCUCGCAGGGCCAAACAGCUCGAGGAGGAAGAGGCUCUCGAACAGGCGCAGUAUCGAGAGUCGGAUCUCGCUGGUCUGCGCGUCGGUCACGAUGCCGACGAAUUCGACGAGGGCGAAGAACGGAUCCUUACACUCCGAGAUGCGGGCGUUCUCGAUGACGCCGACGACGAGCUCAUGGACUCGGCUCUCGAUCAAGCGGAGCGCGACGCCAAGAACAUCGAGCGCAAGAAGGGAGCUAAAGAGUACACGGGUCUGGACGACGAAGAGACGCUUUCAGGACGCAAGCGCGGCGUCUUGUCAAAGUACGACGCUGAUUUGCCAGAGGGCGAUCUUGCGACCGCUGAAGCGUCCGGAUUUCGUCUUGGUGGGAGCACUUCCGCCGCAGAUCGUCACGCAAAAUUGCGGCAGGAAGCUGAGGAAGAAGCUCGGCGCGCCAACAAACAGCUGCUCUCGCUCGACUACACCAAGAAUCAAGAGGUGUCGGACUACCUGCAAGAAGGCGAUGUCGGCUUCAAGAAGCCCAAAACGAAACGCAAGAAGGCAGCCAAGGUGAAGAUCAGCUUCGACGACGAUCAGGAUGCUGGUGAGCCCUCGUCAACAGCCGCUGCGAGCACAAACAUUCUUGCCGACGUCGAGAUGGAGGAAGCUAAAGUGUCAGCCAAGCCAGCCCGACGUCAAGAGACAGACAACUUUGUCGAUGACGACGAACUUCAAGCUUCGCUCGCCAGAUCACGGCGUCUCAAAGCCAAGAAGACCUUCAACAAGAUGACGCCCGAAAUGAUCGCCAAGAAUCUGGCCGCGCAGCGAGCAGCGGAGGAGGCGGAGCGGUCUGCGACCAACGGCGUGGCAACUCCAGUCAUCGCCAACGGGGCAGACACGGCAAACGGCAGUGGCGAGGUUCCAGAUGGUCAAGGAGCUCUCACUUUCGACGAGACGAGCGAGUUUGUCCGAGCCAUCCGAGAACGGCCGACCGAGGUCGAAGUCCCAAGAAGGGCGCGCACCAUAAAGGAGGAGUCCGUCGACGUGAAGCUCGCCCCUGCUGCCGACGUCAAGAGAGAGGAGUUCGCAGGCGUGAUAGAUGUACCCAUGCGCGAGCUACUUACCUCGAAUAUCAAGACGGAGCAGGACGACGACGCUGAAGCAACACUGACUCCAGACCAUGUCAAGGAAGAGCCGGAAAAAGGCGAGACUCUGGAAGCCAUUGUCGCAGCAGCAGCCAAAGACGUCAAGCCCGAGGUGAAGGACAACGAGCCUGUCAUUGGUCGAGGCAUGGCGGGCACGCUCUCCUUCCUUCGUCAGCAAGGUAUGAUCGCUCAAGCCAAUCCGGAGCUCAAAUCGCGCGAAGAACAGCAACGUCAGUACGACGCCUGGCUUGCCGCGCGUCGUCGCGAGGAACAAGAUCGCGAGCUAGCCCGUCAAGCCUCGAAAGCAUCCGGUUCUUCUGUCGACCAAGCCACACGCGAGGUCCAAAACCGCAACCGCGAAGUGGAAGAAGCACGUCUCGCCCAAGACCGAUUCCGCGACUAUAAGCCCGAUGUCGAGAUCAAGUACCACGACGAAUUUGGGCGUGAUCUCGAUCAAAAAGAGGCGUGGAAGCACCUCUCGCACGUGUUCCACGGCAAGAAGCCCGGCACGAAGAAGCAGGAGAAGCGGCUGAAGAAGAUCGAGGACGAGAAGAAGCGCGAGCGGAUGGCGGCGGGCGAUACGCCGACGGGCAUGUCGGCGGCAUUCCAGAGCCGAAGUGAGCGCACGGGCAAGGCGCACAUGGUGCUCAGCGUGGGGAGUCGCGGGUCUGCGCCCCAGGAGAACGACCUGUUGGAUGGAAAGGGGGCAGGCUCGGCGGGGAUGCAGUUGAAGAAGGCGGUGCGACAGAAUGGUCCAAGUGCGAAGGGGAAGAAGACGGAUGGUGAGAUGUUGUCUCCUGCGCCUGGACUGGAUUCGACAGGCGCAGCGAGCGUUGCGGCAAAUGGCGACGGUGCGACGACGACAACAAAGACGGGUGGAUGGGCACGCGUUGGCAGUGCGACACCGGCGCCGAGCACGGCCACGACGGUCGCAGCGGGAGGGUCGGGGUUCAAGAGGAUUGCUGCGGCGAGCGCUUCAGGGGAUUCUCCAGCCGCAGCAGACGCAGGGACUGGGCCGUCGAAUGGGCCUUUCCGUCUUGCGUUCGGCGGUGUCAAGCGCAAAGCUGAGGACCAGUGA